GUCAUCCCUUUGAAACGCGUCAUGAACAUUAUGAUUUCCCAACAACACAAAUGGACAACCCUGCUGUGUAACUUCGGCACCCUUUAAAUAAAGUUGUCCAGUCCUGCUUCCUCAGCAUCUGAAGAGCAAGCACAAAAAAAUGGAAUCAAGAAAGCUGCAGCACUGGAGGCUUUAUCUGCUGUCGCUGGUGUUGGGAAUUGGAGGGUCCUUCCAGUAUGGGAUUCAAGUUUCUGUCAUCGCUUCUCCGGCAGUGCAUAUUCAGAGUUUUGUGAACCAGACGUGGCUGUUGAGGUACGGAAGCCCGGUGGAUGACUCUACAAACCAGCUCAUUUGGUCCUUCAUGGUGGCUGUGCUGAGUCUUGGAGCUUGGGCCGGGGCCAUUCACAGCGGCAGCCUUCCUGUCACCUACGGCAGGAAAAAAGCCCUCUUGUUCAACAAUGUUGUGGCUGUCGUCGCUGCUCUCCUCAUGCUCUUCAGUCGCAUGGCCCAAUCUUUUGAGAUGAUCUUGCUGGGGAGAUUUCUGUAUGGAUACAAUGUUGGUCUGGGCUUGAGUGUGCACCUCAUGUACCUCGGGGAGUGCUCUCCAAAGAAACUCAGAGGUGUCAUGACUCUCACAGGCUCCAUCUUUGUUGGAUUUGGAAAAGUCAUGGGUCAAAUAAUUGGCAUCAAGGAGCUGAUGGGAACAGAAGACAUGUGGCCAUACCUCUUAGCAAUCAGUGGUAUUCCUGCAAUACUGCAGUUUGUGGCUCUGCUUUUCUUCCCCGAGACACCUCGAUACCUUUACAUCGACAAAGGAGACUCUGAAGGUAGCAAAAAAGCCUUGCAGUGGCUGUGGCAGGAGGAUAACCUCAAGUUGGAGCUGGAUGACAUGCAGAAAGAGAGAGACAGCACACUGGGAGAGAAGGCAAAGACUGUGAGGGAUGUUCUGAGCUCUCGUUGUGUGAGAUGGCAGCUACUGACUCUCGUCAUACCCUGUGCUGGAGUUCAACUCUGUGGCAUCAACGCGCUUUAUUUUUACGCCUUCGACAUCUUCCGUGAGUCUGGAGUGCCGGAAGAUCAGAUGCAUUACUUGUCCAUUGGUCUCGGUGCCACAGAGCUCAUCACUGUAACACUGUGUUCCUUCCUGAUAGAUCGUGCUGGCAGAAAGAAGCUGAUGGGCUAUGGCUAUUUACUGAUGGGUGUCACCAUGUGUGCACUUACUGUCACGCUAUCCAUCAAGCAUCUAAAUUCAUGGCUCCCUUAUGUGAACAUCGGCCUGAUCUUUUGCGUCAUCUGCAUUUAUGGACUUGGACCUUCUGGAGUGUCUAUGGCUCUUCCUGCCGACCUCUUCCUACAAGCCUGGCGUCCUUCUGCUUACGUGAUCAGUGGGACUGUCAACUGGCUUUGCAUGUUCCUCGUGGCGAUGUUGUUCGGCUAUAUUGUGAAUGGACUCGGUCAGUUCUGCUUCCUGAUUUUUGUGGCGUACACGUUUUUGAGUGCAGCAUUUCUGAUAACUUUUGUCCCUGAGACCAAAGGAAAGACCAUGAUCGAGAUCACGGAGGACUUCAACAAACUGAAUUUCAAGAACCGGGCCGUUGAGUUAGAAAGGACUGAUGUUGAUCUUGCAACCACAUUUUAACAUGUUUUUUUUAUAGUUUAUUUAUCAUUUUCCUACUGUAUCUGGAAACUGUCAAUUUUUUUAUCUUCUUAAAACGUGGUAGAAACAGUUCUCUAGUUGUUUGCUUUAACAACUUGUGACCCGAUCGAAGUUGAAUGAAUGAAUGAAUGGUAGCUUUAAUACACUCCCCUGCUUUCUUAGGUGGACAAUUAAACUUCAAAAAAAUCCCUCUGACCAAACGUGAAACAAACCUGAUCAAAAACAAGAAGGAUGUAAUUAGAUUUAUUUUGGACGGUGAUAAAAAAAAACAACCUGUCUUUGCACUGUGUUAGCAUUUGUGUAUUUCCAAAUAAACGUCCCGUAAGGGAAGAGAAGCUUC